AUGUCCGGUUCUGACUCACCCCAGCCUAAUUUACGAAAGUAUGCUUACGCGAAGGAAAACAUGGGUAAUAGUCGUUCACGAGUUGUUCCAGCAACAUUCAAAAUUUUUGAUCUUCAAACACGUGUUCGACAUAAGAAUCAACGAGAAGUGCUUCAACUUCGCCUAAAAAUAAACGAUUUAAAUAUGGAACAAACUACACAAUUAACAAAAUAUACGUAUGCUCGUGCAGAAUUACGAUCAAAACUACGUGAACUACAGCAUGAAAGUGCGAAAAAGAAUAUGGUGAAGUUAUUCCAGUACAAUCCUCAACUAACAGAAGACAGCACAUUUAUUGAUUCAUCAGUAGAUACAAUUCGACUAGGUGGCAAUCCAACUCAUCGUAAAACACCCGACUCAAUUCUCGAUGAUCGCUCAUCAACCAGUUUAUUAUUACAUGAUUUAGAUGUAUCAACAAAAGAUCAUAAUAGUUCAUUGUUAUGGUCAUCAAUUGCAAAUACACAAAAUUCAUUUGAUUUAAGCAAAUGGCAGUGGACAUCGAAACGUAACAAACCAGUACAAACACAUAAGAAUACUUCGUCGACAAUGUCUCUAAAACAACAUUCAGAAAGAAUGAAUAAAGCGAUUAAAAUAGCCAUUUCGAAAGCAGCAAGAGAUAGACAAGCUCAAUCUCGACGAGAAACAAAAAAUAAUACAAUUCGACUAGGUGGCAAUCCAACUCAUCGUAAAACACCCGACUCAAUUCUCGAUGAUCGCUCAUCAACCAGUUUAUUAUUACAUGAUUUAGAUGUAUCAACAAAAGAUCAUAAUAGUUCAUUGUUAUGGUCAUCAAUUGCAAAUACACAAAAUUCAUUUGAUUUAAGCAAAUGGCAGUGGACAUCGAAACGUAACAAACCAGUACAAACACAUAAGAAUACUUCGUCGACAAUGUCUCUAAAACAACAUUCAGAAAGAAUGAAUAAAGCGAUUAAAAUAGCCAUUUCGAAAGCAGCAAGAGAUAGACAAGCUCAAUCUCGACGAGAAACAAAAAAUAGUCUCGUCUAUUAA